AUGCGUUCGAACCGGAUGACGUGGGAUUGGUUAUUAGUUCUAGAAAAUACACAUAUCAAAGGAGGAUUUCGUUAUCCGCGUUGUUUUAUAGCCUUUUUUUCUUCUUACGGCAACUCAUCCUGUAUCAUUGAGCACAACGGGAGCUGCUCGUUUGUAAAUCUGAGAGAUCCACAGUUGUUUAAGGGUUUAAAUGUCCAACAGCUGAUCCAAUAUGACGAACUAGAAGCUGAAGCUUGUUGAUUUAAUCGAGGGCUUUCCCUUCUUCUUCCGCUUUUAAUCCUCGCCAUAUAAAAGCAUUGGGGUUCGGGUUAUUUUGUUGUAUUUAAAGUAACAAAAGCUGUAAAAUCAGUGAUUAUCGAUUGCAAACGUGCUAGCUAUUGCUGUUAGCCAAGUAACGUUAAGCUUUAGACAGUCGUUAUGGAUUUCGAUAACGUGCUGUCCAUCGCCACCCAAAAUCAAGGGCCUGGCAGCGUAGCGAAACGGUACAGCUUGAAAACUGGGCCCCCUAAAAAAGAUGUCAAAGUAAAAGGAGUCAAUUCGGCGGCUGUACAGGCCUUUCUGAAGAAACAGGCCGUAGAGCAAAAGCACAAAGAACUCCGAACUAAGAAAGCGAAAGAAGAGCUACUGGCCAAAAGAGUAGAGCUCAAGUCAGACAGGAAGGCACGAGCAAUGGCUUCACGGACCAAGGACAAUUUCAGAGGUUACAAUGGCGUCCCUAUUGUUGAGCAGCCCAAAAAGAGGCAGUCAAGGGGUGGCAGAUCGGAAGAGCAGGAAACAUCUGCUACAUAUGAUGAAGACAGUUUUGAAUAUGAGGCUACAGAUUCGGAAUCUGAUGAGCCAAGCAGGCCAGUUAAGCCUCAGCCACAGGCUGAAAGCUUCAGCAAAGUUGACAGUAAACCGAAAAAACCCAGCGCUCCAGCUAGGCCCGCCCCACCACCAAUGAACUUUGCAGACCUUUUGAAGCUUGCACAGAAAAAGCAAUUUGAACCUGUCGAACUGAAACCGGUAAAGAAGACUGAAGAGAGGCUUAGAACUGCAGAGGAGAUUCGAGAACUCGAAAUAGAGCGUAAAGUUAAGAAACAGGACAGAGGGAAGGAUGUGAAACUAGACAGGAAUUCAGUGCAAAAGGAUGGCACAUCUCAUUCCAGCUCAAGUUCACAAAAGAAAAUUGCAGAUGGAGACAACAGAAAUGGGAAGCUGGCCAAGUCAGCUGUGGGUAAGUAUUCUUCUAGCAAUAGCAGCAAAAAGCCAAAGCCUCAAAGCUCCAGUGAAAGAACGUAUGGUUUUGCCAAACCUCACGGAGAUAGAACCAACUUGGGCUCCUCUGCCACCUUAAAUGAUAAAGUUGCCAUAAAGAACGGUUCCUCGUUUCAGGCUAAACAAGCACCACCCAGACCUUCACAGGGCCAAAGGCCAACAACCUCAAGUGACCUUACCCCCAAAAAAGGGAAUACCUCAGGACCUCAAGGGAAAACAAGUAUUUUGGGGAUUCGCAGUGGAGCUUCGACUGAUGCAGGUAGAUCAGGUCACGGACCUCAGAAAAACUCCGGGCAGGUAAGCCUUGGUCAGAGUAACUUGGAUAGAGGUGGACAUCCUCAGAAACAGGGUAAACCAGGGACCGUACAGAGACCAGGGAGUGAUUUCCCACAUCGGCCUGGAAGCAACGGACUUGUACGACCUUCUGCUGGUGAUUCCUUAAAACAACAAAGACCAAGUGGAAGUCUGCAAGGGCAGCAAAUUCCUGGUGGCUCCAGGGGCUCUUUAAACGGACCAAGCAAGAGGGGAGGUGGUGUUUCUGGGAGACCGACAAACAGCAUGGGCUCCGGCCCUGGAAGACCACAGUGUACUGUCGUUUCAGAAACCAUUUCCUCAAAGGACUUUGCACCAAGACCAGGGAUGCCCCAAAGGCCUCCAGGACCCCAAGGGCCCAAGACAUUGAUCGGCCCCACAGGCCACAGAAUUUUGGUUACACCAUCAGGACCAGCACUGCCCCCUAUAACAUCUAGCUAUAAACGGAAAAAUGAGGAAGAAGAGUACGAUUCUGAAAUGGACGACUUCAUCGACGAUGAAGGAGAAGAUCAGAAUGAAAUUUCAAAACACAUCAGGGAAAUCUUUGGCUAUGACAGGACCAGAUUUAAAGAUGAAAGUGACUAUGCACUGAAGUUUAUGGAGAGCAGUUGGAAAGAACAGCAAAAAGAGGAAGCCAGAAGUUUACGUCUCGGUAUCAAAGAAGACGAAGAAGACAUGCGUCUGGAGGAGGAGGAGGAGAUGAAGAAAAAGCUAGCGAUGAAAGCGAAGCGGAAAAAGAUUUAAUUUAAUUGACUAUAAUUCAGUGGUUGGGGAUCAGAUACAACUGAGUGGAGAGGGAAUGAAAAACCUUCCUUGUGCCACAGACAUUGUUACAUUAUUUAUUUGAAUGUCCAAGCAGUGGGAGCAGGUUGCACUAUUAAAGCCCAAGUGUUGCAGCUGAGCUUCAGAGAACAUAAUAUAUGAAAAUAAUACCUGAGAAUCACGAUGGCAAUUUUUUGUAUCAGUAGAAGUAUUGAAAGUAUAUAAUGUGGUUGCCUUACAUGUCAAACACUAACUGCUUUGAAAUCGGUCCUGAAUUAGGGAGACUUUUUAUUGUUUGUAAUAUUUAAUUGCUAACGAGAGAAAAACUACAAUUUUUGCUAUGUAUUUUUUUGUUAAAGUGAUUUGACAAAUAUUGUGGUCCUGUCAUUUAUUCUUUCUUGUUUCAUUUGCUUAAUUCAAAAAUGAGCUUGCUCUGUAAACUUAUUAAAUUGCAUGAAUUGCUCCCCUAAUGCAAAUGAUUUUGAGAUGUUUUGUUUCUAAUUUGGCAGCUGUUA